AUGGCUUCGAAACAACAAAGUGUUGGCGGGACCCGGAACUUACAACUAACUCGCGCCCAUAAGAUCUUGGCUUUGGUACCCGCUCAAAACGCAUGCUCUGACGAUAGUUCCACAUCUGAUGAGGAAGCAAAUGCUUAUAUACCGCCUUCACCAGAUACCUCUGAUCCACCUUCAAUAGCAUCAUCACUAGAAGCCCUUAAUUUGCUUGAUACUUCAACUGACUCGAAAAACGAACAGCAUGAUAUACCCAUUACUUUACCACUCACACCAACAUUUGAUGAAGUUUUUCCAUCGCCGAAUACAAGUAACUACAAUGUUAUACCCACAUUGAACUCCAUCCAAUCUUUGCCAUCUCCUUCUGUUGAACUAUCAUCUCCCCAGCCUAGCACCAGCGGACAGCAGUUACUACUUACCAGGUCCAAGCUUGAACAACUAGGUCGAUCUAUUCAGCUGACAGAAGAUGAGAUUAAAAGCUUCCUGGCCAUUCAAAUCAUGAUGGGUAUAGUACAGAUGCCAGCUUAUACUGACUAUUGGGCAAGAAAAACAAGAUACCCUCUCAAUGCUGAUCUUAUGCCUCUCAAAAAGUAUCAACAAAUACGUCGAUAUAUUCAUUUUGUUGAUAAUACUUUGCAAGAUUCAGACCGUUAUUUCAAGAUUCGCCCCCUAAUGGAGAAAAUACGCAAAAAUUUUCUGAAAAUUGAAGAAGAAGGAAAAUAUUCCAUUGACGAGAUGAUGAUACCUUAUAAAGGUCGUAAAGCAGGUAAACGAAAGCAGUACAUAAAAAUGAAACCUAAGAAAUGGGGGUUUAAGAAUUUUGUCCGUGCGGGUGUUUCGGGUAUCAUCUACGAUUUUAUUCUGUAUGGUGGCGACGAUACCUUUCGUGGACUGACUUUUUCAGAGAAAGAAGCUACAAUUGGUUUAGGAGGUAUGGUAGUGCUUGCAUUGUGUCAAACUAUAAAGAAAAAGCCGGCCAUUGUGUAUGCUGAUAACUUUUUUAUGUCGCCUGAACUAACAUAUAUUCUGCGGGAAGAAUACGGGAUCCUUAGUCUAGGAACAAUAAGGACUAAUCGUCUCAGAGGCUGUCAAGAGUUAUUGCCAACUGACAAACAAUUAAAAAAGAAGAAACGCGGUUCUAGCGCCCAGGUGGUUUGCAAUAAGAAUAAGUUGGCAGUCGUAAAGUGGAACGACAAUAAAGUGGUUACACUUAUUAGCACCUACAUAGACUCGUACCCCUUAGAAACAAUCAAACGAUACGAUAAGGAUGAGAAAAAGAAAGUAGAUGUAGAAUGUCCUCAAGUGGUCAAACAUUACAACAAACAUAUGGGAGGGGUCGAUUUAGCAGAUAUGUUGAUAUCGUUAUAUAGAACUCCCUUCAAAAGUCACCGUUGGUACUUGGGAAUAUUUUCACAACUUGUUGAUAUGUGUAUAAAUAACGUUUGGCUCCUACAUAGAAGAGAUGGGAAGAAGACUUCAUUGAAAGAUUUCAGAUUUGAAUUGUUUGAUGGGUUGUCUAAGUCUAAUAGAAUAGGAACAAACCAAAACGUUACAGACGAUAUAGGCGAGAAUCUGAAAAUCCAUAAACCAGUCUCAGUCCGACCAACUGAUAGCGUCAGAUUUGAUAACACAGGUCAUCUUCCAGAAGCAGUUCUUGCCAAGUAA